AAAAAAAAAAAAGUUUAAUUUUUUUCUGCGGAUCGGCUGUUGUUAGCGGUUGAUCGUUUCGGCGAUCGAUCGUGACGGACGAAGAUAAUGCAUUACAAGAAAAGAAGUGACGGUCACCCGGACUUGAUAUUUCUAGCUUUGAUAAGCUGGAGGGACAGACAGGCGGGUUAACGAGCCGAGACCUAUGGCGCUGGCGUACAGAUAUUUACCCGCGGUUCUUAUUCUCGACCGGAGUGUUUAAAAACGCCGUAUUUCGCGAUAGACACCGCCUGGAAACACAUAUUUCUAAAAUUUGUGGUCGGAUCUUGCUUUUUGGUGGAAUUGCAAGCCACCACCCCCGUGGACGACCGACUCCGGACCGAUGCAUAUCUAAUCGGCCAGGCCGAAGCGACGUUUUGGGGGAAAUAUUAAGGGUAUCAAUCUACGAAAAACGUUUAAAAUCUUUCACUUUUAGUUUGGCGAACCAUUAUGUUUUUUUUUUUGUUUACUCGAGUACGGAUUUUUUUUUUUGUCCAUUCGCAUUUUUUUCUGUACAAGUACAUGAUUACCUUUGCUGAAAAUGGUGGUCUGUGUAACAGAUCUGUCAAGUUUGAAAGGGUUCUUGCACCUUCCUAGUUAACUGAUCAAGUUAUGGUUAUGCCUUACGCAUUCUGCUUGCACCACGCACGCGCCGGAGGGCCAAUUUGCCGUGGGCUGACGUCAUAUGCUCCGCUAGUUAUCCUUCACUUGACACUCACUCCACACAGGCAAAGUAUGUCUGCCGUCCAUCCCGCCUUUGCCCGAUGAGCCGGGAGUCCUGCGCACCAGUGAGCCCCGCCCUCACCUCCUACGCCGUCCGGAGCAGCGUCGGCGGCCGAUGAGCAAGGCGCCCCGUUCUCACCCGCAGCCGGCCGGAGACGCGUUCUCGACGCCUGGGGGGCUUCCAGCAUGUUCCACAGGUUUGCCAGUGCCCUGUUCGGGGACGAUGAGCAGGACGAUGGCAGCUGCGAGGCGGACCUCGGCUUCGACGAGAAGGAGGAGGAGAACGAGUGGAUUCUUGUCGAUUACCUAGCUGAGGCCUGCUCCAGCCCCCACGGCGAGGUGUCCGUCGGGACGCCCCCACAGGACGAGCUUGCGGUGGGCAAGCCGCCAGCCUGCUGCUCCUCCUGCUCCUCGCUGGACGACGCCGAGGACGACGGCUUCCUGCAGCUGGGCACGGUGGCGCUGGAGGAGAGCUGGUUCGUCACGCCGCCGCCCUGCUUUACGGCCAGUGGCCUCGAACCCGUGCUGCUGGAGACCAGCCCCCUGGAGGACCUGCUCAUCGAACACCCCAGCAUGUCCGUGUAUGCGGGACACUUGCCUCGGCCUGCCCUGGCCACUGACACCUCUCGCUCGCUCGACCAGUCUCUCCUCAGAGUGGACGUCCCGCGUGCCCCCGGACUCCAUGCUGGUUGCUACGCAGCUGCUCUUUCGGCUCAUGCCGGCCUCCUGGAGCAGGCCAAGCUGGGCCGGCUCGCUCAGCGCGUCCGGGACGGCGUCCAGAAGCACCGGCUGUCUCGCAACGCCCUCCGCCGCCUCAACCUGUCGCGUGAGGGCACUGUCCGGCAGGCCAAGGGCAGCGGGCUGCCCGUGCACCAGCCGGUACAGCGGCAGUUCAACUACUGAGAUCGCCCCCUGCUGGACACCCCUGCAGCCAUGCCGGAAUGCUGGCUGUGUGUGUAAUCAAGUUGCUGAGGCAGUUUCCCUCUGACAGCAAAAAGCACGGAAACGUACGGGUGUUUGGAAAGAGCGGUGACUGUCUGCUUUUAGGGGUAUAGUCAGGUGCUGCCGUGAGCUCUUCAGAGUGAAGGGGACGUGUCCCAAGAUGAGAAACCUCCUCUGCGCUUUUGCUAACGUUUCCACAGAGCUGGAGAGUCAUGCAUCUGACGUUUUUAUCACACAUGUGCAAUAUAAACCUAAAUCCUUACUCUCUGUUUCCUGUUGUGCAGCUCAGAGGGAAUCUGCCCUAAACUUUGUAAAUCAGUACAUUCACACUAUUUUUUUUAUGGUUAAUUAUCACUAAAAGCCUUGUAUUCAUUAUGGAUUAAACUGAAAAAAAUGUAUAUUAAAAAAGGGGAUAAAAAAGAAAAUUAAUUCCAAAAAUAUUUUUAAAAGGAAAAAAAAAGUGAAAAUAUUUCUUAUCAAUAUGAAGUUUGUAUACAGAAGCGUGUAUUAUGUGUGUGCAAAAUUCAGAGUAUGUUAGUGUGCGUGUGGUGUAGUUGCAUGGUUGUAUAUUGUUAGAUUCCACCUAGGUGAAGAUUUUAAAGUGUUUUAUUGUAUCUUUAAAACGUAAUUGUUCUAAAUCUGCAGUAUGCUUCUCAGGGUCAUGAAAGAUCAUCUUUACAGUUGCAGAUUACUUGACAGCAGUUCCUGUUGGUACAUACUGUAAAACCUUCCAAAUGUGUCCAGGAGUUAGUUUGUGGCCUUGUGGACAUGUAUGUCUUUUUUUAAUUAUUAUUAUUUUUAAGGAAAUGCGUGUUUCUUUAGAAAAUAACAGGACUUAAUUAGUUGCUGGCGUGAGGACUGUGAAACUCACUUUCUAGCUAAAACUUUUCUCAACUGACUGUUAAAAGCCGAUCAGAAGACUGAGUGAAUUUUUAAUGUAUUUGUUCAGUAUACUGUAACUGUCUGUAUUUGUUUACUCUUAGUUGCAUUUAAUUGAGAAAUAUUUAACGAAAUAUUUAAACCAAAAACUAGCAACUUAUUUUAGCCUACAGUAGCGUUAUAUCCUGAUGUUUUGUUUUUGUAUUUUUGUGUUUGCAAACAGGUUCUGUUUUGGCGGGUUGUCUUCAAACCUUCAGUUUUUUCGAUUUCUCUGUCUUUGAAUGUCGGCGAGACGAUGGCGGUGUCAUAACGAGUCGGAGCCCCUGCUUGGGUAGACUUAUCCACACGUGUAGCAAAAUGGCCGCUUCUGUUUGGGAAAAUUUGUUUUAUUUAUACGAAUACGCAUGGCCUAUUUCGGUUGUCUAAUGAGCACUAACUCUGCGUUUUCUUCAGUGUGUAUCGCAGUGUGUCCAAAUGUGUUUUUACCCGCGAAAGUGGCUGUACUACUGCGGUCUAUUGCUAAUUUCCCCUGAAUCUGUAAUUUUUCUUGUCGUUAUAUCUAGCAAAGUCGCUUUCUUUUAAGCGUCUGUUUUUUUUUCUUUGUGAAAUAAGGUCAACUGUGGAAGUGAACGGAAAAACCUCCAGUGCUAGAAGGACCCUUUCAGUUUUCUUGUUUUUGUUGCAACAGGGAUGAUUAUUUUACUUCUGCCUUGAAUUACUUGUUGGGGAUCACGUGCCUUCCAGGUUCACAGUACGUCAUUGCAUUAAUAACUUGAACUGUCCGAAUGGACGACAAACAGCAGAAAAUCAACUAUGCACAAAAGGUAGUUUCUUUGAGCCACUUUGCUCUAUACACUUUUAUAAGCAAAUGUAGCAACCCUUUUUGUUUAAAGUGUGACGAACACGUUUAUGUUUGUGUAACAGCUUUCAAGUGUUAGACGUUGCGCGUUUUCUUUAUAGGUUACUGGAAUAAUGCAGCACUUCGCCAAAAAGUGUAGGAAUUAGCGUUAGUCCUUAUUUAUCUGAGUAUACUUUGAUGUUUGGAUGUAUGACAGAUGACUACAAAAUCCUUACUUUUUAAGGUCAGCAAAACGGACAAGUGAGAAUAACGUAGUAUGUUUCUUUUUAAAAUCUUGGAAUAUUUUAACCAUGUUGUAACCCACCAGUCUUCAAUAAAACGUAUAACAUCUUUGUUAGUUUGUUUAAUAAAUGUUAAUACUGAAUCUCA